UAUAUUUUAGUGACUAUAUAUUUUGUCGUAUCUAAGAUAAUUAUAUACAUACUUCUAGAGUUCAUUAUUACAGAAAAGAAGCUUCAUUUUGGUUUAAUUUGUGUUUUUAAACAUAAUUGGUUUAUUCUGAACAGAUUGAAACUUUUGGUUGAAGCUUCUAAGCAGAUUUUGUCAAAACAAAAGUAAUAGUGUCAUGGCAAGUAAAAUGUUUACAGAAAAAAUAUGGUUAAGUUACUACUUCAGCAAUCUAAACCUGGAAUGAGACCAGAAAAAAUCGAAGCUUUGUUACAAGAUGCCCAACACUCUCCAGUUGAUGCGAAUAGCGCUUACAGAUCAACCCAUGUUCCGAACCACUAAACGCAGAAACCCUCUCUCUGAUCGCACCAACACUCUUAACUCUUCUUCUUCUCCACUUUCCAUAAACCCUAUCAAACCCAAACCCAAAUCCAAACCUCCUUCUACUUAUUCCAAACCUCGCCUUAAUAAACCUUCUUCAUGCGCCUCUUCUACCAACGCUUCCACAAAUCUCCAAAGCACUUCUUCGAACCCUGCCGUUGCUCCUCCUCCGCCUUCGUCGCCGAAAACCUCGUCUCCUCCCGGGAAUUUUGUUGAUCUUGAGGAUUUUGAGCCUAUUUCAGUAACCUACGGCCGAAGAAGUGCUCCAAAUAAAAGGAAGGAUAAAGGGAAGGCUUUGGCAUUUCCUGACAUCAGCACACCCAUUUUGAAGCUCUCUGAUACAAGCAGCCCGAAAACUGAUGGUGGUAAAAGUGCAAAUCUACCUAAAGCCAAGGCAUUGACAAGUCCUUUGAGAAAGAAGCAGCGCACCACAUCAUCAGAACAUACCACAUCAUCAGAAGAUACGUUCAAGGAUUCCGAGCUGCAAGAUUACAUUGAAAAACAGAAAGCCUACUUCAAAAUGAUUGAUGAAUUUGAAACGAUGGAAGAGGAAGUUGAAACAGAUGAUGAACCGCAUGAAGUGGCAAAGAUGCGAUCCAAGUGUAACUAGCAGCUAGAACGUUGUUUUUUGUUUAGCUAGUUGUAUAGUAAUGAUAUACCAGUUUUCUAAACGAUAUAACUUCAACCCCUCUAACAAAAUAUAAUAUUCUUGUAAACCUUUUGGUCAUGAUGAAUUCCUGAAUUCACAGAGAUGCAAAUUGUAUGGAUAAGCUGAAUAAAUAUUAUGAUUCCUUUCAUUGCAUCUUAGCAUGAUGACAAAUUUAUAGUUACAAGAUCACUAUAACC